AUGGCUCAGCCGGAGAAACAGCAAAACGAGCCCAUGGUUGUUGAGGAUGACUAUCCUCAGAAGAGAGUCCCUCAAGUGGAAAAGGUCGACUAUUCGGGUGCCCAUGAGAAGACCGACCCCAAGGAAAUUGCCCUCGUCAAGAAGCUAGAUCGAUGGAUUAUGGUAAGUCUGUCACUCGAUGAUCUCUCAAACGGCGGCAAACGAGAGGUCAGGUUCAAGGCUAACCCAGAACCACAACAGCCAAUGCUAUGGGCCAUGUACUGGCUUAAUUAUCUUGACCGCAAUGCCAUUGCACUUGCACGGCUGAACGACCUCGAAAAAGACCUGAACUUGACCAGCACACAGUACCAGACCUGUGUAUCCAUCCUCAACGUCGGCUAUAUUCUUGGACAGAUUCCUUCCAACAUGUUCCUUACCCGCACUCGUCCGAGUCGCUACAUGGGAGUUAUGAUGAUGCUCUGGGCCAUCGUUAGCGGUCUCACAGCUGUCUCCAAGGACUAUAUUGGUCUCCUCCUGACGCGCUUCUUCCUCGGUGUUACAGAGGCGCCAUUCUACCCCGGCGCGGUCUAUCUCAUCUCCAUCUUCUACACCCGCAAGGAGGUCGCCACGCGAAUUGCCAUCCUCUAUACUGGCAACGUUCUGGCGACCGCAUUUGCCGGACUGAUCGCUGCGGGCAUCUUCCACGGCCUGGACGGCGCCGCGGGGCUCGCCGGGUGGAAGUGGCUCUUCAUCCUGCAGGGUGCCGUGACCUUUCUUAUCGCCAUCGGCGGCUUCUUCCUGCUACCGGACUUCCCGUUGACCACGUGGUGGCUCACCCAGGAGGAGCGGGAGCUAGCAUACAACCGCAUGGAGCUGGAUACGGUCGCCAACAAGGGCGAGACGAGCGCGUGGAAAGGUCUCCAACAGGCAGCCAAGGACCCUGUGGUCUGGAUCUUCUGCUCCAUGGCGCACAUGCAUCUCGCCGCCAACGGCUUCAAGAACUUUUUCCCUACCGUGGUGCAGACGCUCAAGUUCAACACGACCAUCACGCUGGUGCUCACCUGCCCGCCAUACCUCAUCGCCGGCGCCGUCACCAUCCUCCUCUCGUGGUCGUCGGGCAAGAUGAACGAGCGCACGUGGCACAUUACCGUGUCCAAGUCGGUCGCGGUCAUUGGUUUUGCGUGCGCGGCGGCGACGCUCAACACGGUCGGGCGCUACGUAUCGAUGAUCAUCUUCACCAUCGGCACGUACGGUGUCAACAGCUUGAUCCUCGGGUGGUGCGGCAGCGUGUGUGGGCAGACCAAGGAGAAGAAGGCGGCGGCGAUCGGCAUGGUGACGACCAUCAUGAACAUCAGCUUCAUCUGGACGCCAUACCUGUGGCCCAAGAGCGACGAGCCCCGAUACGCGAUCGCGAUGGCGAGCAGCGCGGCGUUCAGCAUCGCAACGGCGCUGUUGGCGUGGGUAGCGAAGGCGAUUAUGCUGAGGCGCAACAAGAAGCUGAGGGCCAGCGAGGACGAGGUGACCAAUUUUUAUGUCCACUAG